UCCACUGCGCGCGGGAACGCAAGCGGCCGCACGAGCGCAGUUAUCGCUCCCGCGGCUGUGCAUCACACGCGCACGGGAUUCCGUCCUGCGUGCGCACCGGUGUCUCGUUGAGCAGCAGCCGCAGCCCGCAGCGGCGCAGCCCGGCGCAGCAGCAGCGGGAUCAGCGGGGCUCGUUUCCGGAGGUGAUCUUUUUAGUCAUCCUAGAGAGGCUCAGCGGAGACACGGCGUCUUAUUUAUUUAUAUCGCACUCGCAUGUGUGUGUGAGUGUUUGUGUGCGUGUGUGUGUGUGCGCGCGUGCGUGCGUGUGUGUGUGUGUGUGUGAGAGAGAGUGAGAGCCACAGCCAGCCGCGGCGGACGAACUGCGUGUUAAGCGGAGCGGUGUGGACUUGUUCCCGGGGAGAAAGCACACCAAAACGCACUUAGAACAACUCCGCUUUCCUUCUUUGUUUUUUUUUUCACUCCAUUUAAAAAAAAAAAAUGUCUUUUUAAUCUCGUGCUGACCAGCGGCGGAGGAUGAACUAGAAUCGGGGCUGCGAGGUUGUUGUUUUCUUUUUUUUUUGGACUGGAUUUAUUUGGCGGUGGAGGAACGGAGCCCCGGGAACGGAGGGGAGCGCUGCGCACACACUAAAAACAAGCCGAGGUCUUCCUCUUCUUUUCUCUCCUCUCCCCCCCCCUCCCCUUUGUCUCUCCAUCUAUCAGUCUGUCCCUACCUGUCCUCUUCUCUCUCUCUUCACCCCCCCCCCCCCCUCACCCUAAUUUUAGGGUCCGUGCGAUUUUUGCAACAAAAAAAAAUGCAUCAUCAACAGCGGAUGGCAGCUCUGGGAACCGACAAGGAGCUGAGCGACUUACUGGACUUCAGCGCGAUGCGAAACAGCGAUUUGAAAAUGUUCCCACCAUCCAUGAUGUUUUCCCCUCCCGUUAGCAGUGGAAAGAACGGGCCGACCUCCCUGGGGAGCGGACAUUUCUCCGGCUCAAAUAUGGAGGAGAGAAGCAGUGCAGGGUCAUGGGCGAGUGGCAGUCGUUCUUCCAAGAAUUACGCCGACGGGUCCCAGUACAUGGCGUCACAUGACAGCCUCUCACCUCCGUACGCCGUCUCCAGCCGGCUCACAGGUAAAACAGAGAGGAGCUCUUACUCCUACGGCAGAGAGUCCAACCCGCACUGCCACCAGGCGACGCUGGGUGACGAGUUGGGUUUGGGGAGUCCCGGCGCCGCAUCGCCCACCAAGCCGGCCGGUCACUACUACCAGCACUACGGCUCCAACCCGCGCAGGAGAACGCUGCCCAUGGACACCAUGGAGGUUCACCCAAAGAAGGUGCGGAAGGUCCCUCCCGGCUUGCCGUCCUCAGUGUAUGCUCCGUCUGCCAGCACGGCAGACUACAACAGGGACUCACCGGGCUAUCCCUCCUCCAAACCUCCCAGCGCUGGCUUCCCAGGCUCAUUCUUCAUGCCAGACGGUCACCACAGCGGCGACCCCUGGAGCAGCAGCAGCAGCAGCAUGAGCCAGCAAGGUUACCACGGCAGCAUGCUGGGGGGCGGGAACUCGUCCCACGGCCCCUCCCAGAGCUCCUCCUACUGCGGGGUUCACCCUCACGACAGAUUGAGCUACCCGUCCCACUCGUCUACAGACAUCAACUCCAGCCUCCCCCCCAUGUCCAGCUUCCACCGAGGGGCGGGGGGAGGAGGGGGAGGGAGCGGGGGAGGCGGGAACCACUACAGCACCGCCUCGUGCACCGCUUCCACCAAUGGCACAGAAAGCAUCAUGGCUAACAGGGCGCAGAGUGCGGCAGCCAGCAGCUCUCAGACAGGAGACGCGUUAGGGAAAGCACUUGCAUCCAUCUACUCUCCGGACCACACAAACAACAGCUUCUCAUCCAACCCUUCCACGCCAGUCGGCUCCCCGCCCUCCCUCACAGCUGCCAGUUCAGCUGUCUGGUCGAGGAACGGCGGACAGGGAGCGUCGUCGCCGAACUACGAGGCUCCGUUGCACUCUCUGCAAAGUCGCAUCGAGGACCGCCUGGAGCGCUUGGACGAUGCCAUCCACGUGCUGCGGAGCCACGCGGUGGGCCCGGCGACGGGUGGGCCCGGCGGCCACGGCGACAUGCACAACCUCAUCGGGGCCGCGCACACGCACAACGGCGCCAUGGGCCCUCUGAGCAGCGGGUACGGGUCGGGACUGCUGUCGGCCAACAGACAACUCAUGGUGGGGUCUCACCGAGAAGACGGCAGCGGCUUGGGGCCUCUGCGCGGCGGACACUCGAUGGCGGGCCAGGGGGCGGGGCCUCAGCUGCCGGUCCAGUCGGCCACAUCGCCAGACCUCAACCAGUCCGACCCGUACCGCGGUGAGACCCGCCCCCGCUUUGUAAACACCACUUCCAUCAGACUAAUGAAUUAUACUUUCAAAUCCCUGUCUGGAGCCCUUCAGGGACAGAGCACCUCCUCCGUCAGCUCGGAGAUCAAGUCGGAGGACGAGGGGGACGAAAACCUCCUGCAGGACCCCAAGUCCAUGGAGGCCAAGAAGGAGGACGGCGACAGCAAGGACCUGAAAUCAAUUGAGAGCAACAACGACGACGAGGACCUGUCUCCAGAGCAGAAGAUGGAGCGAGAGCGGGAGCGCAGGAUGGCGAACAACGCCCGGGAGCGCCUGCGUGUCCGCGACAUCAACGAGGCGUUCAAGGAGCUGGGCAAGAUGGUGCAGCUGCACCUGAAGAGCGACAAACCCCAGACCAAGUUACUGAUCCUCCACCAGGCUGUGGCCGUCAUCCUCAGUCUGGAGCAGCAAGUGCGAGAGCGAAACCUGAACCCCAAGGCGGCCUGUCUGAAGCGCCGCGAGGAGGAGAAGGGCGGCGUGUCAGCAGACGGGGCUCCUCUCUCACUGGCCGCGGCGCACCACGCCAUGAGCGACGCGUCGAACCCCCUGGGACAAAUGUAAAACGCAGCAACACCCCCCCCUCCCCCAGGAAUGGUCCAAGGUGCCAGAGUUCAUCAAGAUGAUGAGUGACCACUUUCUCUGACAGCGUUACCAUAACCACCUGGCACACGAUCAACCCCCCCCACCCCCGAUCUCUGGAUCUGCGGCCUGACCAAUCAGAUCAGCCUCUCUCCCUUUCUUCUUGUCCAUCUCUUCUUCUCCUUCUCCUCCUCCUCCUCCUCACCUGCGUCUCCUUCUGUCGAGAGCACAAACUGCAGCCAAAUUCUGUCGUCACUGCGUCUCCAGCCGAGGUGACCUGGAUGCUGCUUUGUGGAGACGUUCAACUGCUGCAAAGUGGUGUUUUGUGGGAACUUUUGACACAAAGUGACAGCAAUGGACAAGUCUUUGGAAUCACUCUUCUUCUCCUUCUACUUGUUUUUAUCAGCAUUCCGAGUUUUAAAGUACAAAGGGGUUCUUUAUAUGUAUAUACAUGUAUAUAUAUAUAUAUACAUGUAUAUAUAUGUGUGAGAAAACAUGAUUAAAAACGUUGUAAAACUGGACAACACAAGUGCAACAGGACACGGGCAGCGAGGAGGGAAUGGGUUGUGGAGGGUUGUUCAGAACGGAGCGAAACAUAUCACAAAGUGUUUGUAAGUGUGUUUUUUUAAAAGCAACCAUUGCGCAGCUGUUGUUGAAUGCAGCUAUAGCAGGACUCUGACUGAAUGGCAAUCCUACGCCACACUGUGGAUGAAGCUGUGCCUGAUCUCCUCUUGGAUGCAAAGCAGUCAGAUAGAUACACACGGAAAAGCAAAGCAAAUCUUUGAAAAAUGUACAACAGAAGCAAGCUGCCCACUCACAUGUCCUCUUACAAGCCACACUUUCCCACAGAUCAAAGUAUUCAUUUAAAAGAAAUAAAAUUCUAGGUGCAGAGUCAUUUGAACAAAUCAAUUGAAGUUUGUGAAGGUUCUCUGACUAUCAUAGAGGCCGAGAGAAAACCGGGGCACAACAGAAAAUACAUGGUUCUUCCCCUUCUAAUGCAUUCCCUCUUAGCCUGCAAAGUGUGAAAACAAUCCCCUGAAUCUCUCUGUGUAUUUUUUAUGAGCGUUAUGCUGACAACCACGUUGACUUUUUUAGCAAGAAGCAAAAUUGCAGGAAUUGCCAACUUUGUAGUGGGAUCACAAACCCGAAAGGCCCGUGUGUAUCUACUGGGAGAAAGAGAAAAUGUAGAAGUCAGUUAAUCAAUCAGUCCAUCAUACACAGAUUGUGACUGUGGCGUCUAAAGCUAGAAUUACAGAAGAAGAACAUGAAGGACGUAUCAUGCAGUAAUGAAAAAGUGUACUUCUAAAUGCCGCAGGAAGGAGGACCUUUCUUCACACCUUCGUCUGAGAUUGUUAUUGUACCUCUGAAGUGCAAAUUUCAAAAAUGACGACAGAGAGAAAGCGUCAGGGGCAAAGGCCCUGAACCGGAGCCCUUUGCCGGAUAGCCAGAGGUCAGAGCAGGCCUUUGCUGAAAUCCAAGAGCCGCUGGGCAGAUGGUUGGAAGGAUGGACCGAUGACACGGAUAGCGUGGCCAGAUGAGAGGGGAGAGCUCUGCACUCUGCGCUGAAGUGUGUUCUUCUCCAUGUUAGCACAUUCCCGGGAUCACGGUCACUCGAGCCCCGAGUGGUCCAGGUCUCCCCGAAGGCCUGAGCGAUGGGGGUUCGGGAGUUGUUGAAGGGCUAGGGGGAAGGAUUCAAGCGGCCCAACAUCCUUAGGAGCCAGAGAGAGAAGGACAGGAGGAAGGAUCUAGUGGUCUGAGUGAUGGCGAUUCCCUUUAGGGGAAGCAAGGGAGCAAUCACCACGGUGAGGGGUGUACACUUUUCCUCUGAGGGCCAACAAGCAGUAGUCAAAGCAUUAUUGUGUGUUAUUCAUUUCCUGGUUUGGUAUCAGACAGAUCAAAAGCCCACAUCUUUAACCUGCCCUCUGGACCGGCCCGGGGUAAAUACCCUGGGGGACUUUCUGAUUGCCAUGAAACAAGAGGCACGUUGAUGCUAGCUGAGGGGGCUGUCGCUGGGACCAUUAGCUGUGUGACCCUUAGCUGUUUAGCUGGAACGAUUUUGAACACUGCUCUCUGUAUUGUAGAGACUAAAUACUUUGUAGACAUGGGACUGAUAUGUCUGACCUAAAGGUCAAACAUUCUGAUCACUUUGGUACUCUAAAAAGAAUUAUAAUGGAUAUAAACAUUGGAAUAUUUGAAUUAAACGAGAUCAGUACUUAGACAUUUAAAACAUUGACUUGGAAGUGAUACGGAAAAUGGAUUGGUAAAGAGGUAAAGAGAACAUCUGGUGGAACGUCCAUUGUUUCCUGGUGUCAAUCUGAAAGUCCCCCCCCCCCCCCCCCCCAAGUUUGAACCUUCCUCACCCUGGGCCUGUGUUUAAUGCCCAGUCCUGUGUUCUUCGCUGACCCGAGCCUUAUAAGCCCUGACCCAGAGCCCCUCUACCUGAACUCGUGCCCCACCGAAGUGGUCCCACAGAUGCAAUUUGAACAUUCACACGUCUACCAAUGUGCCUUUUUAGAGUUCAUAUCAUUCGAGUUGCCAGAGGAGGACAUUUACCUGGUCUUUUAAUAGGAUGCAAGCUUAGGGAAACCUGUUGUUAGUCAUUAGGUUCUAUGCAGUCAGGUUUUUUACCAGACCUGGGAAUUUAAAAAAAGCUAAAAAAAGGAAAAAAAAGUAUUUUUUGGGAUAAUAAAAAAAAAACCUAAACUGUAUUUAAUGUACUGUACGCUUAUAUGUAAGUAGGCAGCGGCACCUGGCCUCACGCCAAUGAGACAGACGCUCGGUUUAGCCCCCUCCCCUCCUCCCUCUCAACUUCUCCAUAGCCCAAACCCCUUCCUUUUCCAAGCUCCAGCCGUUUCCAUGGUGAACAACGCGUCUCUUCUUGUAUUAUAGCUUAUCAGCUUUUUAUCAAUAUUUGAUCGGCUUGUUCGUAAGCCAAUGUAGUCUUCAGUACAAAGUGUGUGGUUGUAUGUUGUAAAACAAAUUUUCUUUUUUUUCUCUCUCUCUCUCUUUUUCUCUCUCUCUUGCUUUUUUUAAGAAGACUCUUAUUGCUUUUUCUUUGUCUGUUCUGGUUUACAUGUAUAUUAUAGAAAAUGUAAAAAGAAAAAAAAAGCAGUCUGACAGCAUUGUUCAUGGUCAUUUUGACAAAUCCUACCCAAUCAACAGGAAGGCACGGAAACUGGAAAAGAAUCUAUUUGAGCAAAUCAAUCUAUAUAUAAAUGUACAAAAAAGUAUAUACAAUAUAUAAGGAGGGUGCCCUUUUUCUGUUAUUUUUUUAUUUUCUGUUGCAAGGGAGUGUUUGCUUGGGGAGGAACUAUUUUCUCAAAGACUGAACAAGCCGCUCAGUGUUAUACAUUUUCAACUGACUUUGUUGUGUUCUCUAUUGUUGCCAAUGACAACACACUUUGACAGUACAGCACCCUGCGCAGAACAAAACGGGACUGGAGCUCUAUCAGCUCCUCUCACUGCUAUCGAUCCAUGGCAACAACACACAGAUGUUUGUAAAUUGUAUGCAACAAAAUGGCAAACUUUACCAUUAUUUUGAAAUUGUGUAUGUAAAAGUUAUAUUUUUACAUGUAGAAUGUUGUUAUUUUGUGUUUUAGAAAUAUGUUGUAUCGGUUUUUUUGUUAAAAUAUGAAAAUGUAAAAUUCAGUGUGUGUUGAAAAAAUGUGUCACAUUGAAUAUUUAGUGAGGUCAAGGGUUCAGAAUAAUUUUCUUUCAUUUUUACAACAUUAUGUUUAUAUCCGUGGCAAACAUUUUGAGGGUUCGUGGGAGGAAAUCCGAAACCAUAAAAGAUUCAUGAUAUUUGUUUAAUUCUCCAUGCCUCAUGACAUUACCAUUUUCCAAUGUUUUUUUUUGCAGAGAAAGGUGUAAAUAGUCAUAAAUCAUUUUCUGUGGAGUGAGGACUUGCCAGAGAAAGGCGAUGAUGAUGAUCUUGUUUUGAUUUGUAGUGAGGUGUAUUUGUCCAGUUAAAGUAGGGGUGCUGACUUAUAGUUUCAGACCGUGGUGCUCAGUGCUUUAUGUGGUUUCAAGCGACCAUCUGAAGUGUAAGUCAAAUGAUUUUCUUAGCUAACACCAAGAAUGACCGAUGGUCAGAGCCGGAGCACCGCCUUUUUUAUGAUUGACACGAGGAACAAAAGGCCCCCCCAAAGAAUACCUAUUAUAUUAAAUGCUAAUUCAUAAAAACAGAAAAGUAGAGAGAUUUGGUUUUGAAAAAUGUAUUUAGAUUAUCAAAAAUGUAUAACAGGUAAAAAUCUCUGAUUUUGUGUUCAAUCUGAGAAAUAAUGUAUUAACAGAUGAAAUUACUUAGUGGCUUUGUGCCGACUCUGACCCACGUGCAUUUAUUCUCUUCAGGAUGGCUUGUAAAUGUUGAAUUGAUUAAACACCCUCAGCACCAGAGUCAAAAUUAAUAUAUAAAAGUUUUGUAAAAAAAUAAAUUUGGAAUGUCUCUAAUAUAAAAAGCAGGUCGUCAGCAAACAAUCUUAUCAGCUAUUUUCCCAAAAAGAUAUCAGAUCAUGUGCAAGGCAGGUUCAGUGAUUUAUUUUUUAGUGUUUGCCAUUAAAAGUGAGCUUUUUGUCAAAAAGGGGAGCGGCGUUGAAUUGGACCUUGGUCAAACACUAGGAUUGAAUCUGUCAGUGUAAGUGCUAAAUGUGUAUUUUGCGUAAUGUUAUUUUUUGCAAUGCUUUAUUUAGUAUUUUCUCUUUGUUGUAUAAUCAAGUCAUCUCCUGAAUUACAGUAUCUUUGUUUUUAUGUUACCCCUGAUGUUUCUAUUAGCCAAAACUGUUUUCUUUUCCCUCUUGUUGUACAUACACACCUCAUUUCUCUGUUUCAGUAACUGUGCCAUGAGCUCUGUAAGCUGUUACUCUGUACCAGUUUUACUACAAUAAUGAGUUGAAUUCAAAAUGGC